AUGUCAACAUCAAACAUCAAUCCUAAUAGUAAAUAUGUUAUUAGUGGUUGUCAUACUGGAUUCUAUCAUCAAUUAUAUAUUGAUAAACACGGUUUUAAUGUUCUUGCUGGUAUUUAUUAUAUUCCUGAUAAUGUAGCAUCUCUUAAAGAAAAACUUUUACCAAAAGCUACAGUCUUUCGUCUUAGUAUUACUAAAUUUUAA